GACCAUCUAUAAAGAAUGGACCAAUAACAGAAGCCAUCUAAAAGGAGUCCAAAAUGGAGAUGGCAACAGAUGACAACAAAUUUCAGUGGUUCGGCGAUUGCUUGCUUAUACUUUAACAUUUAGUCAAUAUCAUUCGUACUUGCCUGGUUUUUCUGAGCGGAAAGUACAAUUCAGUAACGUAUUGUAUUUAUUUGCACACGUUUACUCAUUAACAUUUUGUCAUUGUAAAUAAGAAUGGGUUCAGCAAAGCAACAAACUCAGAUUUCCAAAGUCAUGUCCCUUCUUCAAGAGUGGGAUAAGGGCUCCAAACCGGUGAGGAAGAAGAUUCUCGAAGACUUUAUUUCGCAGAAUCAAAAUAAGACUGGGCCAGAAUUAGAGGAGGAAUUUGCACAGGCAGCAAGUUUGUUUUUAACCAGGUUGACGGCGUGGAUAAGAUUGACUUAUAUGAUUGGGACUUGUUUAACUGAACAAUUGCAGGCACUUUCAAUAUUCCUGUCUGCAUCAAGUGGGCAGAAAUUUUUAGCUGAAUUUCUUGAAGUUGGUGGUGUUCUAACCACACUAGAGAUCAUCAGUUUGAAGCAAGCAAAGGAACAAGAUAAAGCUCAAGCCUUGACCUUAUUACAGCAUGUGGCAAAUGCUGGUAGAAAGUACAAGGAGCUCAUUUGUGAAAGUUAUGGUAUUAGAGCUAUAGCAGAGUGUUUAGCAAAAUCCAAAUCUGAAGAAACCCAGGACUGUGCAAGGCACCUCCUUGAAUCUUUAGCUCGUGGAAAUCCUAAGUUUGAAAAUCAAGUCUACAAGGGUCUUAUUGCCUUGUUGCCAUGCAGCUCACCCAAGGCCCAACAGAUGGCAGCCCAGACACUCAGGAUAGUGCAGCCAAUUGUUGGUGCUGCGAAUCCAACUAUUGUGGAGCCACUGACAAAUCUCCUGAGAACCUUGCAUCUGGAGGUGCAGUAUGAAGCUAUUGAAUUGAUCAAGGACCUCAUGGCCUAUGAUGUCCGAGAUGACCUACUCAAAGUUCUGGUUCAGCUUCUCCAUCCACCCAAAGAGGAGACUAUUAAAAGACCAGAACUGUUAGAUGAUCCAGAAGUUCCACAAAUCAAGGCUCCACUUCCAGUAUUCGUGCAGCAGGCUGCUGCAGCUAAGACCAUUGGUAUCUUGGCCAGAGAAUCUACUGAACUUGCAGAAAAGUUGAUCCAGUACAGGAUGGUUCAUAACAUGAUGUUUGCUAUGGGUAACCAAGACUAUGCUGAUAGUCAAAGACAGGCAUCCAUAACUCUGGAAUAUUUCUGUCGGACCUUCCCCAUUGUGGAUGAUCAUGUUAGAGAUGCUAUGGGAGAGGCAUUAUAUGAACAAUUUAUGGCUGCCCCUGAUACCCUGUAUGUUAAUAUGACAGCUAUACAGGCAGAUGUCUUGGUCUCCAAUAAAAUCAACAUACCUGGCACCUUUAUUGAAGGGACCAGUGAUUAGAAAAAGUAUAAGAAAAUGACUGAAAUCUUUAAGUAAAUUCAUUAUAAUGUUAAAAAGACUGAUGCAAGUACAGGUCCUGAUCUUAAAACAAGAAGCAUAACUGUGAAAAAGGUAUCAUUGUGUAAAGGAGCAUCAUACAUGAGGAAAUGUGAAAGGAUAUUACCAACAUAACUUGCAUUUGUAAAAAAUGUGUGAUGUCAGGCAGAUGUAAUAUAUUUUCCACAAUUUGAGAUGAAAUAGUUUUAUUAUAAUGUAAAAUAUCUGAUAAGCUAUAUUUUAUUUUGUCAUUUAGUCUUUGUAAAUAAAUGCG